UGCAAAGCGGAGCGCCUCAUUGCCAUUGCACGUCGCGCACCCGAGGCAAGGAACUCCGCAGCGCGCAGCAGGGCGCCUCAUUGCACGUCGACGCGCGCAUCGGAGGCUGCCCGAGGCACAACAAGGCACUCCCACGUCUGCCGCGCUCACACCACAAGCUGCCCGCGUGCCAUUAUGGCGGACCUCCGGGAUCAUCUCCCACCAGCACCAGCGCCGGCGCGAAGGGGGAAGAGCCGCCGCGAGCUCCGCUACAGCCAGGACUCCUUCGCCCAGGAGCAAGCGGCCCAGAUUUUUGGACAGCUCGCCGAGCUGCUGAGCAAGGAGAUGGACCGGCGGGCGGGCGGUUUUGGGAGCACCUACUUCGGCGGGCACGUGACUCCUGCAACAAUAUUCAAGCGUUUAGACAUCGACGACAGCGGGCGGAUUAGUACCGCGGAGUGGCUUACCGUACUAAGGAGGGACCUCAAGCUCCCCCUGCUCAAGUUCACGGACGAGGACCUCUGGAAGUUGUACGACGCGAUCGACGCCGACGGCACGGGCUGGAUUUCAUUAAGGGAAUUUGCGGACUUCGCUAGAAAAACACCAUACAACACUCAGUUCAAGCACCAGCAGAUGAUGCGCCAAGCGAGAAAACCCAAGGUCAUAAUGCCGGAGGUGACGAAGGCGCCCGCGAAGGGGCCCGACCAGAUCGUGCCGCCGCCGCCCGAGCUCGUGCGAGCUUACGUAACACCACGUCAAGGAAAACCGUGCGCGGGCAACUACACUUCGUCAGGAGACUGGUCCCGGCUCUGGUGGCUGCCAAGAUCGGGCGACUGGUCAGCGCGCGGUAAGCAAGUCAAGGUCACGAUCCAAUCCCAGCAGAUGCCGCAUCUUUUCUUCGCGCCCAAAGGCGACUGCCCGGAGAAGGGCUGGCCGCUCCUAGUUUACUUGCAUGACGAGGGCCGCAGCGCGGGCCGCGCGCCUUUACGAAGCGUCGCGCUCGAGGGCCCGCCGCAGCGCUGCGGCCGCCAGCCGGCCGCGGAGACGUCCUUCGUCGUCGUCUCGCCGCAGAAGCCCAUGGACCUGCCCUGGACGGAGCCGACGGUCGCGGCCAGCGUCGUAGCGUUAAUAGAGACGCUCUGCAAGGACGAAGGCCUCUGCGACGCGAAGCGCGUCCACCUGACGGGCAUCGGCGCCGGCGGCUCGGGCUGCUGGGGCCUCGGCGCCGCGACCGAGUACUGCAAGCGCUUUGCGUCGAUAGCGCCGGUGCGUGGAGCGCUCCGGAGCGUCGGGCUGCGGCGCGCGCCGGAGGUCCUGCGCGACACGAACAUCUGGGCUUUUCAUGCUUGGAACGACGCGACGACGCCCGUCGCCUUCACCGAUGUAAGUGUGGGCGAGUGCGCCCGCCGGACGCGCGCGGAGAUCAAGUACACGCGGCCGGACCACGGUCCCGCGGACGACCCUGUGGCCGCGCUGCUGCCGGGCGAGGCGGCGCCGAUGAAGGGCGAGUCGACGCACGUGCUCGCGUACUAUCCGCCGCAUCUUCCCGCCUCAUCAAAACCGCCUUUAUACGAAUGGUUCCUGGCGAACCCGCGCCGGAAGAUCAGAACGAAGGCGCGGACGACGUUCGCGCGGCUCGCCGACCCGCUCGUCUGGCAGGGGCGGCCGCGGCCGCGGUCGGCGCCCGCGGCGCGGCGCCGGCCGCGCCAGGCCUGGACGGCCUUCCACGGCGAAGUUGGGUCCCCCGGUGGCGGCGUCGACUCGGGGCCGGCCUUCUCGCGGCCCGACCGGGGACGGGCACGUUCGGCGCUCGCCCGGAGACGCCGCCCCGCGCCCUUCCACGAGAAGUACGACAUUCCGCGGGACCAGCGGCUGCGGGAGAACCGUAUAAUUUGACUGUUUUCGACUCCCUCUAUUGUUUUCGAGUUGCGCUAGUAGGACUACGCUAGUCAUUAGGCUGUCACACGCACACGACUUUGCACCUCGUGCUAGCCCUCUGUGCUUUCCUGGAACAAGAGAAGCUUUCAAUUACGCAGAAGACCAUCCCAAAAAUCGUUCAGCAGCUGGGCACCAUCAGGCAAGCCAUGUGGCGGCACCUGCUCUUUGCUGCAAGCUGCACAGCAUUAGUUGCCCCCCCGUCGGGAACCCGGCAACCGAUCCGAUGCAGCGCCGUACCACAACGAACCGCACCGAAGAAACCGUCAAAGGCCAAGCUCCGGCGCAUGGCCCGCACCUUGUACGUGCGGGGCGAGCGCUCUGCCGCGCGGGGCCACACGCGGUCGGCGUGCGACUUGUAUAGGGAGUGCCUGGAGCUCACGCCCCGGGACUCCUACGCGUGGCUGGCCCUCUGCAAGGUCAUGCAGCGGACGAACGCCACAGCACACGAAAUACGCGGCACGUUUGCGCAAGCGGACGAAUGCAAUUCAGUACACAUAGCCCACGCCUGGGCGCGCUUCGAAGAGGACGAGGGGCACGUCGAAGACGCGCGACACUUGUACGAGCGGGCGUUAACUUUGGACCCCGACUCGGCCUACGUAAGACACGCAUGGGGAUUACUGGAACGCAAGCACAACAACCCAACGAGGGCCCUCGAGAUCUUCGAGGGCGGGACGGACCAGCGGGGUCUCCUGGCCGUGGCGGCGGCGGAGACGCGAUUCCAUGGAGACGAGCGCGGGCUCCGGGACGCGCUGCUCGAGGUGCUGGGGACGUCGCCGUCGAGGCAUGAUGCUGUCGCAUAUAGAGCCUUUGCGCGCGUCGCGCGGAGCCCGGGCGAGCGCUGUGCUGCGUUAAGACGCGCGCUGGAGGUGGACGACUCGCACACGUGCGUCGCCGAAUUGUCCGACGCGCUGGCCGAUGAUGCUGGGGAUGUUGAUGGCGCUAGACGAGUAUUAGCCCAGUUCCUGGAGCGGAAGCACCCCGACUCGAGGGCUUAUCUAAGCGCCGCGCGCAAGCUCGCCAACUUGGAACAUGCGAACGGAGAUCUGGAAAGGGCGACGCACUUCUACGAGGCCGCCCUCGACGGGCGGGACGUGAUCCCGCCGGUGGGGGUCUUCCUGGACGCGGCGCGGUGCGCCAUAGAUAGAGGCGACGACGCGGGCGCGCGCAAGCUGUUAACGAGGGCGACGCGCGCGCACCGCACGAAGGGGAGACCUCAUAUCAUGCUCGCCGACCUGGAGCUGAGAAGGCAGAACUACGAGGAGUGCGAGCAGAGCCUGCAGGCGGCGAUAAAGGCCGACGCGAGCGACGGGUCGGCGUUCGUCGCGCUCGGCGCGUCCCGUUUGAGAAGGCGCGACGUCGCGGGCGCCCGGGACGCCUACCGCAGCGGUUUGAAGGACCUGAAGUCCGAUACGAAAGCGUACAACCGCUGGGCGCCGUCGCUCUGGGUCGCCUGGGCAACUUUGGAAGGCGACCGGGGGCGGUACGACGAGGCCGCGACGUUGCUGGACGCGGCGCGGCGCUGGCUCUCGAAACAUGCGCGGCGCCGCGAAGACGUGGCCUACGUCUACCACGCGCGCGGGUCCCUGGAUCUGCGGCGGAGACGGCCGCGCGACGCCGAGGCGGUUUUUGAAGAGGGUCUGCGAUUACUACCUCCCUCGAAGACGACGGGGCGGCGGGACCGAUCAUCAAGCUGUCUUUUGUUGGGCCUCGCCAAGGCCAAGCAGCGCAUCGACGACGAAGAUUAUGUAAGGCACGCGUCCUCGGACCUCGCGCCGCGCGCCGCGGCGAGGCUCACGGAGCGGCGGAACCGGCCCUUCGCGCGCCGGACGUCACCAAAGACGGCGCGCGACUGCUUCGACGCGGCGGCCAAGGCCGACGCGUCGCACGGCGAGUGCUGGCGCGACUGGGCCGCGUACGAGCUGUCGCAGGGCGCGUCCGACGACGCCGCAUCUUUAUUGGCGGCGGCGGUGCGCGCGGCUUGCGUGCCGGCCUCCGUGGAUCUGGCCUGCGCGCACGCCGAGGCGUUGCUGUUCCAAAGGAGUGAUGACAGAGAGCGGCUCCAGGCCGCGCGCGACGUGCUCGAGGCCGCGCUGGAGCGCUACGCGCAGAAGAUCUGGCGCAAGCAGCGCGCGUUCUCCGACGCGAACGUGCUCGUGUGGUUCGAGGCGGCGUUGGAUGGCGCCUCGGACCGCAUCGCGCGGAAGGCCCGGGACGACGCGGGCGAGCUUUUAGCGAGAUGGGCCGACCUCGAGAUCAAGAACGCGCCGGGCGGCGGCGACGCGUCGAAGCUCGCGGCGCUGGCUUUGUUGGCCGCGCCGCGGUCCGCGACGGCGCUCCUUGCUUCAGGUUCUGUCUGCGAGGCAAAAGGUGAGUUUCGCGAGGCCGCGGAAUUCUUCGCCGAGGCCGUCGACGUCCGGCCCGACCAGGGCACGGCCUAUUCUGCUCUGGCGCGCGCCCAGAAGGCGACGGGCGAUUUAGGUGGGGCGCGAGCAACCCUCGCGCAGGGCAUCGAGCACGCCCCGACCUUUGCGCCGCUCUGGCACGAGGCGUCCGAACUGGCGGCGAUGGUCGGCGACCUCGCCUGCCUCGCGGAAAUGAACGCGCGGGCGCUAGAGCUCUUUCCGAACGGCAUGUAA